AUGGCAGAUUGGUCUACCUUACCACAAGACCUCCUCAACUCUAUCGCUGUCCGUUUGUUCUCAGUCGUGGAACUCAAACGUUUCCGUAGUAUAUGCAGUUCUUGGCGCUCUUCUGUUUACAAACCUUUCCCGAGACGCCCCAUCAUCCACUUCAAACCUUCUAGGAAGAAGAACCUUCACCACAACAUGGAGUUUCUUUCACGUUCUGUCUUUUACCGAGUCACUCUCUCUUCCUCCUCGAGACAGGGCUGGCUGAUCAAAACUGAGGUUGAUGUAGACUCCGGGAAACUACGUCUCCUCGACCCGUUAUCUGGCCUUGCAAUGCGACCUUUGUGCGAUAGUCUUGAUCUUUUGGAGUUCACUAUAUCCGAGAUUCGAGAAGCCUACCAGGUUCUCUACUGGGGCACGAGAAGAGAAACUAGGGAUAGAUUCAAAAGAGUGAUUCUUGUGAAAGACAAGAGAGGAAAUCAGCGGGUUCUUGGAAUCCCUUGGGAUGGGAAGAUUAAGUACUGGAAAAGAAGAAGAAGAUACUGGAAAGUUAAAAAAUUAGCUUAUCGGUUCUCUGAUGUUAUAGUUCACAAAGGGCUAACUUACGCAUUGGAUUCAACAGGAAUUGUUUUGUGGAUUAGUUCCAAACUUAAAUUCUAUAGAUAUGGACCUCCCCUUGGUGAUAAUAUCACAAAUGGAUGUUCGGGAGAGAGGAGAUUUGUGGAGUGUUGUGGAGAGCUUUACAUUGUGGACCGCCUUUUUGGAGAGAUUUCUCGAAAGAGAAAAGCUAAUGCAAAUUUUGUGUCUGUGGAAACCGUCGGUUUCAAGGUUUAUAAGUUUGAGGAGGAUUUAGGAAAAAUGGUUGAGGUCGAAUCCUUGGGCGACAAUGCAUUUGUGAUGGCUAGCGAUACUUGUUUCUCGGUUUUGGCUUGUGAGUAUUACGGAUGUCUCCAGGAUUCUAUUUACUUCACCGAGCAAAGACAGAUCAAGGUGUUCAAGCUAGACAAUGGUAAUGGAAGUAGUAUUGAGACAAUGUCUGAGUAUUCUCAGAGCUGUUUCCAAAUGUUUGUUCCUACUUUUCUUUAA